AUGUAUUAUGUAUCCGCUCUUGAAAAAGUUUGUUACAAUUAUGGUAUACCAGUAACAGGAGGUUGGUUGAAUGGUGGAUUAAUCGGUGGUCUUGGUUCUGGAUUUGGUGGUGGAUUUGGUGGUGGAUUUGGUGGUGGAUUUGGCGGACAGUUUGGAAGGUUUGGAGGCCUUGGUAUGUUAGGUAGUACUGGGGGAUUUGCAGGAAGUUUGGGUGGAGGAAUUGCUGGUGGGUUCGGCAGUGCAUUUGCUGGAAGAGCUGGUGGAUUUGGUAGUUCUAGUCUCUCAGGUUCCCUUCAAGGAGGUUUAAGUGCUGGAUUAGUUGGUAGUACAAUGGGAAAAGGUGCUGUUUAUUGA